ACGCGGGGGAGGGGAGCGGCGCGGGGUCGGAGUCGCCGCGGUCCCCGUCCGCCCGCCGGUGCCCACUGCUGCCCGCCUGGAGGGCAGGGCCGGCCCGGCCCGGCCAUGGAGUCCUACGACAUCAUCGCCAAUCAGCCCGUGGUCAUCGACAACGGUUCAGGGGUAAUCAAGGCUGGCUUUGCAGGAGACCAGAUUCCUAAAUACUGUUUUCCAAACUAUGUGGGGCGGCCCAAGCACAUGCGGGUGAUGGCCGGCGCGCUGGAGGGGGACCUCUUCAUCGGACCAAAAGCAGAGGAGCACCGGGGGCUGCUGGCCAUCCGAUACCCCAUGGAGCACGGCGUGGUGCGGGACUGGAACGACAUGGAGCGCAUCUGGCAGUACGUCUACUCCAAGGACCAGCUGCAGACCUUCUCGGAGGAGCAUCCUGUUCUUCUAACAGAGGCCCCACUCAACCCCAGUAAGAACCGGGAGAAAGCUGCAGAGGUGUUCUUUGAGACCUUCAAUGUGCCAGCUCUGUUUAUCUCCAUGCAGGCCGUGCUCAGCCUGUACGCCACAGGACGCACGACAGGAGUGGUUUUAGACUCGGGGGAUGGGGUCACUCACGCGGUCCCCAUCUACGAGGGCUUUGCCAUGCCGCACUCCAUCAUGCGGGUGGAUAUUGCUGGCCGUGAUGUCUCCCGCUAUCUCCGGCUACUGCUGCGCAAGGAAGGGGCUGACUUUCACACCUCGGCUGAGUUUGAGGUCAUCCGGACCAUCAAAGAGCGAGCCUGCUACCUGUCCAUCAACCCCCAGAAGGACGAGGCUCUGGAGACGGAGAAGGUGCAGUACACCUUACCGGACGGCGGCACCCUUGAUGUGGGGCCUGCACGUUUCCGGGCCCCCGAGCUGCUGUUCCAGCCGGACCUGAUAGGGGAUGAGAGCGAGGGGCUCCACGAAGUGCUGGCCUUCGCCAUCCACAAGUCGGACAUGGACCUCCGCCGGACACUGUUUGCCAACAUUGUGCUCUCGGGUGGCUCAACGCUUUUCAAAGGCUUUGGUGACCGGUUACUAAGUGAAGUAAAGAAGCUUGCCCCAAAGGACGUUAAGAUCAAGAUCUCAGCUCCUCAGGAACGGUUGUACUCCACGUGGAUCGGUGGCUCCAUCCUGGCCUCGCUGGAUACUUUUAAGAAGAUGUGGGUUUCAAAAAAGGAGUAUGAGGAAGAUGGCUCGCGUGCUAUUCAUCGCAAAACUUUCUAAUGCCCAAAGAGGGUGGAGCAUGCUGGAGGGGGCAAGAAGAAAGGGGACCCUGAGCCUGGGCCGGUGGUACAGAGUGCGUCUCUGCAGGCCUCCCCCAAAUGCGUGCACGCACACACACACACACACACACACAGAGUAACAUUUAACUGCAUGGAUGGCAGUCUAGAGCUGGAACAGGGGUGGAGGAGCCGGGACCAGGCGCGCUCCUCGGCAGGGCUGUUGGGCCUUGCCUUCCUUGCUCUAGCUCUCAGAGCUGCUUCCCCAAGCUCCAAGCCAGACACCUAGAUGCCCCAUUGUGUCUGGCAAGUUCCCACUCAGGGCCAGCGUCCGGAGUGUCUGAGGAGGAGCGUCACGCUCCCACGGGCGCGGUGACACACAUCAGUGCCCCGUGCCACCGCUUCCUCCCGACCUAAGGGCCACUCAGACUCUUCUGCCUGUCCUGUCCCCCCAUCCUGAUAGGCAAAGCCUUGGGGUGGGGCUGAGGACCCGGCAGCCCUGCCUCCCGCGCCAGGAGGUGUGGCCCAGGGUCAGAGCAUCCGAGCCAUGGACAGCCACAGCCAGCCACAGCGCGUGGCGUGUCACACUCUCCCCUGAAGAGCACUUCAUUGACUCGCUGCUCCUCUUUACCCUAGUGCCCUGGUGGGAAAGGGUUAACCGUCGUCAUUGCUGAGGGAAAGCCACUUAAUCAGGAGUCAGACCCGAAGGAGCACGCGCUUCCUUCGCGCCUCCCUCAAGAAAGGGGUCUUCAUGUGGCCCUGGCCCACCACCCUCUCCCAGAUAUGUACAAUAAUUUAACACAGUUGCCUGAAGAGAACCUUUUUUUGUAAAUCAUUAAUUACAGUAAUAACUAUGGACACCGCC